AUGAAUGAGGAAGGCGGCUACUUGGGUGCCAUGACCUAUCAAUGCUUGUACAGUCCGGUGCUCGAGAAAUUGAAGUCAGGACAUCGCGAUGAUCCGAGAGCACAUGCGGCGUUGAAUGUAAGUGUUUUUUUUUGGCUUGGUAUGAGAAAUGAAUAAAUAAAAAUAAAUUCUAGAAACUGCACAACGCUCUAACGACUUGCGAACAAGCAUCUCCAUCAUUCCUAUACGAUCUCACAAAAAUCCUACUCAACGACUCGGAAUUAAAUGUGAAUCUUCAAGAAUCAUAUCUCAGAAUGCACGACACAUCGCCAACAAAUGACCUAAUCGUCAGCGGAUUCGAGCACAUUGAAGAAUAUCAAGAAUUGACCAGAAGAGCCAUCGAACUACGUCGUGUAUUGUCACGAGUUCCCGAAGAAAUGUCAGAUCGUCACGCUUUUCUGGAGACCAUCAAAUUGAUUGCGUCUUCAAUCAAAAAAUUGCUGGAAGCGAUAAAUGCGGUCUACAAAAUAGUUCCACCAAAUGCUCAGCCUGCAGUUGAAAAACGAAAACGAGAAUUUGUUCAUUAUUCCAAAAGGUUCAGCAACACUUUGAAAACGUAUUUCAAAGAUCAGAAUGCGAAUGAAGUUUCGGUUUCGGCGAAUCAACUGGUUUUUCAAACAACUAUGAUUGUUCGUACGAUUAAUGAGAAACUUCGACGUGUCUAGAACUUCUCUGAUGAUGUUUAUGCUUUAGAUUCUUCUGAUGAUUUCUAUUAUUCUCAAUGUAAGAUUUUCCGGGGAAUUUUCGGGUCAAAAUGAAACUCACUUACUUCACAAAAAUUGAAGUUGAACAUAAAUUCCAGAGAAAAUGGGAAAUUAUACAGAAGUUAGUUUCGAAACGUAAUUUAUUCUUGAAAUUUUCUUGGUCAAAAUUGUGUGUUAAAAAUCAUGAAAACACCGAUUUUCAGCAUUUUUCAGUGAUUUCAGCGCAAAAUUCUCAGUCAGUCACAAAAUCAACCACAAUCAAAUUAUGAUAAAUUUGAACAAGUUAUAAAUAAUUUUUGAAACAGUCAAAAAUUUUGUGCUGAAAAUCAUGGAAUUCUCAAUGUUCAGCGGUUUUCAGCGCAAAUUUUUGUUCUACAAUCACAAAAUCAAUCACAAUCAAAUUAUGAUGCAUCUAUUCAUUUGCAAAAAAAAAACACGAAAAAAUGUAUUUUUUUACAAUAUUUUUCUAUUCACCAAAAUCACAAAUUGUCGCGAAAUAAAUGUCAAUCGUGACGAGACCCACACUCAUUUCAAGGCAACGAGUGUGAAAAAUGCAUGCUUUCGAAAAUUUCAUUUCUUGUUUUUUUUCACGCAUGUUUUUCUCCUUGAAAUGUGUGUGGGUCUCGUCACGAUUGACAUUUAUUUCGUGCAUUUUGGUGAAUAGAAAAAAUAUUGUAAAAAAAAUACAUUUUUUUCGCAAAUGAAUAGAUGCAUGAUAAAAUUGAGAAAAAUUAACCAAGAAUUUUUGAAACAGUAAUUUUUUUAGAUCAGAAUUUUGCGCUGAAAAUCAUGGAAACAUCAAUUUUCAUCCCAAAACCACCCAAAAAUCCUCAAGAAACAUGUGGCCGAAUUUUUUGCUGGCCGAGAAAUGUCGGGAACUCGGCCAACGCUAAAAACGCGCUGACAAUAUUUGCAACAUUAGAGCGAGUUUGUUGCUUUGGCCGAAUUCCCGACAUUCUCAGAAAUUUUUUUGUACCGGGACAGAAUUUUUUUAAGCACAAUGUUCGAGUACUGUCUAUAUUUUGUGCAUGCCAUGACGUCAUCACCUGCACAAAAUAUAGACAGUACUCGAACAAUGUGCCUAAAAAAUUCUGUCCCGGUACAAAAAAAUUUCUGAGUUUCUCGGCCACCAAAAUAGUUCGGCCACAUAUAUCUUUUGAAAUUUAUGUUCAACUUCAAUUUUAUUGUGAAUUAAGUAAGUGAAUUUUGAGUUUCAUUCAUCAAAAUUUGACACAUUUUUAAAAGUGCUCAUGACAUAUUUUCAGACUGGCUCAAUUGUGCGCUUUUACUCGUCAACUCCACCAAAAAACUUGGAAAAUAUUCGAUUUUUCCGUGUAAAUAA